ACUUGCAAUCGAAUCUUAUCAACUGACUAUAUUUCCUCUUCUUCACUCCAUCGAUCACACCAUUUCUACCGACACAUCGUAGUAGAUCAACUCAACUGAUUCAACCACACAGAGAGAGAGAGAUGAGGGAGAUCAUCAGCAUACACAUCGGUCAAGCCGGAAUUCAAGUCGGCAAUUCAUGUUGGGAGCUUUACUGCCUCGAACACGGCAUUCAGCCUGAUGGCAUGAUGCCUAGUGACAAUACACCUGGCGUUGCAGAUGAUGCAUUUAAUACGUUCUUUAGUGAAACCGGUUCAGGAAAGCAUGUUCCAAGAGCCAUAUUUGUUGAUCUUGAACCGACUGUCAUUGACGAAGUCAGGACCGGGACCUACCGCCAACUUUUCCACCCUGAGCAGCUUAUUUCCGGGAAGGAAGAUGCUGCUAAUAACUUCGCAAGGGGUCAUUACACAGUUGGGAAGGAGAUUGUUGAUCUAUGUCUUGAUCGAGUAAGAAAGCUAGCAGAUAACUGCACCGGAUUGCAAGGGUUUCUGGCUUUCAAUGCAGUUGGUGGAGGUACUGGUUCUGGUCUCGGAUCCUUGUUGUUGGAACGCUUGUCUGUUGACUAUGGAAAGAAGUCAAAGCUCGGGUUCACCAUCUAUCCUUCCCCUCAGGUCUCAACUGCAGUUGUCGAACCCUACAACAGUGUUCUUUCUACACAUGCUCUACUUGAACAUACUGAUGUGGCGGUGCUCUUGGACAACGAAGCCAUUUACGAUAUCUGCAGGAAGUCACUAGAUAUCGAAAGGCCAAGUUAUACCAACUUGAACCGAUUGAUUUCUCAGGUCAUAUCAUCUUUGACCACAUCCCUCCGUUUCGAUGGAGCCAUUAACGUUGAUAUUACAGAGUUCCAAACCAAUCUUGUGCCAUACCCUCGUAUCCAUUUCAUGCUUUCUUCAUUUGCACCUGUGAUCUCCGUUGAGAAAGCUUACCAUGAGCAGCUUUCUGUUCCUGAAAUCACAAAUUCCGUUUUCGAGCCCGCAAGCAUGAUGGCUAAAUGUGAUCCGAGACAUGGAAAGUAUAUGGCUUGUUGUUUAAUGUUCCGUGGAGAUGUUGUUCCCAAAGAUGUCAACGCUGCUGUUGCAACAAUCAAAACCAAACGCACCGUGCAGUUUGUUGAUUGGUGUCCAACUGGUUUCAAAUGUGGAAUCAAUUAUCAAGCACCAACGGUGGUACCGGGUGGAGAUCUUGCAAAGGUUCAGAGAGCGGUUUGUAUGAUCAGCAACAACACAGCAGUGGCUGAGGUGUUUUCACGCAUUGACCAUAAGUUUGACUUGAUGUAUUCAAAGAGGGCGUUUGUUCAUUGGUAUGUUGGUGAAGGAAUGGAGGAAGGCGAGUUCUCAGAAGCCCGUGAAGAUCUUGCAGCUCUCGAGAAAGAUUAUGAGGAGGUCGGUGCUGAAGGAGUGGAUGAUGAUGAAGGCGAGGACGAGGAGUACUGAAGUGGUAACUUGUUUUCGACUAUAGAGGUGUGAAAUUAAUCAAUUAUGGAUAAUUGGUUUUCUAAGUUUUUCCAUUUGUUAUAAACCAUGUGUGUUUGCUUAUAAUUUUUGUGUACCAAGUGAUUUUCAAGAAUGUGUUUUUCAUCAUGAGUGUUUUCUUUGUGGUUA